AUGGAUCGACGAGAAAUCCUCUCGAAAGGCUCUGCCUUACAAAAAGCCGUCGCGGCAAAAGAACCUUCUGAAAACAUCAUCACCAUCCUUCGCGAUCUGAAAGCAAACGUGCGGCCGAGCGAAGACCUGCUGCGAGCAACCGGGAUUGGCAAAAUCGUGAACAAAGUCAAAGGCGUCCCAAAUGUUGAUCCGCAGGUCGCACAGCUGGCGUCCGAGAUCAUCAGCCGAUGGAGACAUGUGGUAAAUGAGCAGAAGCUGGCCAGCGGAGCAUCAACGCCGGUCGGGGCGAGGUCUAAUGGGACAAGUUCACCGGCACCCAAGGCAGCCACUCCCACCCCCAAAGUCACCAGCCCCGGCGUCCCACCAGACAAGAGGAAUUGGAAAGUGGACAAAGUCCCCCGCGACGAUCUCACCACGGAUACGGCACGGAACAACUGUAUCGGCCUGAUGUACGACGGCCUGUGUCUAGGAUCGGAUUUGCCUAUGAAACAGAUUCUAGAACUGGCCAAACAAAUCGAAUCGGCCGCUUUGAACCUACCGGACGCAAAAGGCUCGUCCGCAUCACCAGUGUACAAGGACAAAGUGCGAUCGCUAUAUCAGAACCUGAAGAAUAAAUCCAACCCAGGUCUCCGCAAGAGGAUCCUGAAUGGAGAGGUGACGGCAGUUCGGUUUGUGAGCAUGACCCAUGAAGAGAUGAAGUCCAAGCAGCAGCGUGAAGAGGAUAUGAAGAUCGCAAAGGAGAACAUGAACAACGCGAUGGUCGCCCAAGAGGAGAAGAGCGUCAGCAGUAGUCUCGAGUGCGGCAAAUGCCACCAAAAGAAAGUCAGCUACUCCCAAGCACAGACGAGGAGUGCCGAUGAACCGAUGACUACGUUCUGCGAAUGUCUGAAUUGCGGCAAUCGGUGGAAAUUUUCCUGA